UCUAAAACAAACUGUAUGUGUGUUUCGUUGGUUGGGAAUCCGUCAAACAACGUUGACUACGGCUGCGACUGCGACGACUACAUUACCAUAGUUUGUGUGGUGUGUUUCUGUUUUGUUCGUUCAUUCGUAUGGUUUGUCGUUUGUCGGGGUUUUCACUUUCAUCCUGGAGGGUAGCAGAACACAAACCAGUAAGAGAAAGUACGGCAUAAGAAGUGGAUCGUUUCUUCUGUGUGUAACGAAUUUUUGUAUAAUAAUAAUAAUAAUAAAUUCCACUUCGCAUCAUCAUUUUUAUAGUGUACCGAGUGUGUGCAAAACGGAAAGGAAAAAUAUAGUACACAACAAAUUUGUUGUUUUAUUUUCUUGCCCAUAUUUAAAUAAAUACAAAUAUUUUCUUUUUUUGUUUUUCUUCCUGCAUAAUAAAUAAAUUAAAUAAGGAAUGGAAUCAAAAUCGAAAUCGUGUGUGCCUCUCUGCCUGAUGUCGUCUGUUUUUGUAUCUUUUUCUGUGUGUAAUUUGUUUAAUUGUUUUGAUUAAGAUCAACAAAUUAUUAACAACAACAAAAUAAAAGUGAAAAUUCUGCUAAAACAAGAAGUAAAAAAUACUAAUUUUGUUCAUAUUUUUGUUGGUUUUGUGUAUCUUCUGAAUUCAGAAUGAUUUUCCGUGAGAAUUGAUGCAAAGUUUAUUAAUCUAAUCCUCCGCCAUUCCACCAUCACACCAUACAGAAUACAGACGGAGGGGAGGUGGUGAAAAAUAAAACAAAAUAAUUAAAUAAAUUUCAUAAGGGAAGAAAAUGUGUGACGAUCAUUUUUCCUAAAGUGCAACACUAAAAAUAUAAAAAAAAACACGACCUACCUACAACUGUCAAAAAAUAAAUUGACAUAACGUUUUGUUUCUGUCAAAAAAGUGUAAUUCGCCUUUGACACUUCGCCGCGCGGUAGUAAUUCCAGUUUCGAGUUUCAAGAGAUGAUAUGUAUCUAAAAUAUUAACAACAAUUCAUGACCUCCGGCAAGGAUUUUUCUUAUAUUCCUUCAGCAGCUCGCUCUCUUUCUACCCCAUUUUCAUCAUCGCAUUCGCAUCUUACAUCCAAAUCCAACAAUCAAUUGAAUUGCGUUGAGUUUAUUUAUAGAAAGGAGCAAAAGCACAAGAAGAAGAAGAAUUAUUAUACCAUAAUUAACGUCGAACUUCACAUCGCAUUUAUGUCAUCACCUUUUUAUGGAUUAACUGGAUUGAGUUUUUAAAUUUUAUUGUUGUUUUUUUAGUUUAUUGUUGUUGCAAAAUUGUUCAUCGUCAAAUUUUUGCAUCAUCAUCAAAUUGGGGGUGGUUUUUUUUCGUAUGUUUUGUUUUGUGGUUUUGAAACACCAAAUAAAAAUAUUAACCUACAUUUUGUGUGUGUCCUGUCGCGGUAUGGACAUUGAGUGGUUUCCCAUUUAUUGAGUGCGAUAGAAUUUCUUUUUGGACCGCGAGAGUGACACCUGGUAAAUGUUUAAAUUGUGUUUGUUUGCCUUGUGUUGUCACCCUUUUGCAUUGUUAGGGUGUUAUCACAAAAGUUUAAGUUACUUCUUAUAAAACAAAGUGAUUGCACAAUUUUUUAAAUUAUCAUCUAUGAUGAGUGGAAUAUACCCUUAAAAAUUGAAUUAACCUUCCAUUUGUUUAUAAAUUAUACAUUCUUAGUUGCAAGAGGAAACAAAAUGUAUAAUGUGUCUCUUGCUGGUUAAUUUGUGAAUAUUAAACAAAAUAAUUUAUAAAUCUAUCAAAAAUAAUAUUAGUUUAUAAAUCUUAUUUAAUAAAUACUAUUUUAAUAAUCACCCAAAAUUAAAUACAUACAAAUAAACCUAAAUUUCUACUACUUAUCAACAUAAAUAUAUUCAUACCAUACAAAAAUAGUGAUUUUAUAAUAAUUAAACAAAAAAUACAUAUUCUUUAUUUAAAAAACAAAAAAUCAAAGUGCUUUGCCAUCGUAAAAUUAUAAACAAAACUAACAAAAUAAUUCAAGAGAACAAACAAAUAGCUCAUUCACCCAACUCAGGAUUACAAGUGUUGUUUGAGGACAAUUUUCAAGGAUUAAUAUAUAAUUAAAAAUAAGAAGGAUUUCGGAAGUCAUUUAAAAAAAUAAUAUAAUUUUUGAUAAAAAAUAAACAUAAAAUAAUAAAAUAUAUUUUUUUAAUAAAAAUAAAUUAAAACUACAUAUAAAUAAAAAAAAAUCUAUACCUAUCGAAAAUAAUCAACAAGAAAUCAUAAUCUUUUGUAUAAUUAUUAUUAUCUACACAUCUUUUAAACAUGGAAUAAUUAUAAUGGGACAUUUUUGCUAAGAGAUUUAAACAUAACUUUUUUAAACAAAAUAAAAUUUAAAGAAAGUAUUCACCACACAUACAUAUAUAAAAUACUGCUGGGAAAGAGUUUCGUUUUCGUUUAUUCAAUCUACCUACAUUUAAUUUAUGUAUUUAAACAAACAAUAAAAUAAUAAAAAAAACAAUCCUACACAACAAUAUUAAAAUAUAUUUGGAAUGCAUAUAUAGUAAGUAGAUGAUAAACAAGGACUAUACUAUAUUUAGAAGUUUAAAAAAUUGCAACUCGAAAGGCUGAAUUAGGAUUAAACAAUAAAUAAAAACAAACAAAAAACAUUAAAAAUUAAAACAAACAAAAAUAAACAGACAGAAUAUAAUCACAGACUGAUUUUUAAGUAGAAAGUAAGAAACAAACAAUAAAUGCAAGCUGUUGGAUUUUUGUAUUGGAGACACAAACAAAACUACAUACCUACAAAGUUUUUGUAAACUAUUGAACAAGAGAUAAAAGAAAUAUGCCAAAAAAUUGCAGAUUUUAACUAAAAAAACAAACAUACAACCUAUUUUACUGAAGGAGUAUUUUGUUAAAUAUUUAUUAAAGAACCAACAAUUGAAUUUGCGAAGAAGAAGAAAAACUAUAAAAUUCCAAAAUGAAGAAAAUGCAGUGCAUUGAGGCCAAACUCAUCAAAACCGAACCAAUCGAUUUGGAUAUGAUGCACUCGGCUGACGAUAGAGAGCGUGAGUCGAGUCCUAGUCUGGUGAAUACGCGCUAUCACCACAUCCAGAUACAGUCGCCGAAGCAUCAGCAAUCGCAGUCGAUGCAGCAACAGUCCAGCCAACAGAAGAUAAUCCUUUCGCCUCGAGUCGAAUAUGUCCACCGCAGUAUAAAACUCUCUCCCGGUAGCAGUGGGGGCGCUUAUGCUCAGAUACUUCCGGAUAAUCGGCGCUCAAGAUCGCCAUCAUCGACAAUCCUCUCGCAUAGUCCCACAUUGCCAGGCGCUCCGCAGAUCAUCAUCACACGUGCGGUGCCACAGCCACAACCUCCACAACAACAACAUCAUCAACCACCAUCAAUGCAUUUACAACAUAUGCAACAUCAGCCGCCACAACAUCGAAGUCACUCACCACCGCCAUUAUCGCCUCAACACCAUCACCUUCAACAUCAGCAGCAGCAGCAACAUCAGCAGCAGCAGCAACAUCAGCAGCAGCAACAACAACAGCCACAACAACAUCACAUGCAACAAGUGCGUGUGAUACGCGACGGUCGAUUGUAUGACGAUAACCAUCGCCGAAGGUCGCUCUCGCCACCACCACCUCCGCCUCCUCCUCCGCCCCCCACGCAUACCCACUCUCACUCGAUCUCGCAUUCGCAUUCGCAUUCGCAGCACACGCAUCCGUCGGACAAAGUGCGUAUGAUAUCGUCGUCCCCGGUUGACGAUCACCAUCCGUCUAGUUCGCGAAAGUACAUUGUGUCCCGUCACGUGAACGUUAUAUCGACUAACGGCUCAUCCCCACCGGUGGGCGUGGGGGUGGGGAUAUGCGCAGCACCUCCACCUCCCCCACCAACCCAAUCGUGCAGCAAUUCCAAUGGAAUGCCAAACAGUUCCGGACUUUUCCGCACCCCUGUGGUUUCAAGUAGUUCAAGUAGUGGUAGCAGUAGCAGUAGUAGUAAUAGUAACUGUAAUAAUAAUUCAUCGACAUCGAUGCGACCACCGCCACCUCCACCGCCGCCCAAAAUCAAAAACACUUCACCACCGGGCCCCUCGGGUGUUAUGGGUAGCUGCGGCAGUGGUGGUGGUAGCAAUGGUGGAAGUAGCUCCAGCAAUGGUGGGGGCUGUGAGGAACCGUCUAGUUCGAUUCCGGAUUUAGGUGAGUGGACAAAACACUUUCCAAAUCAAUAUAGUAUGGAAUUUGAUGGAACGACAGUACUAUGCCGGGUGUGUGGUGAUAAAGCUUCCGGUUUCCAUUAUGGCGUUCACUCUUGUGAGGGAUGCAAGGGAUUUUUCCGACGUUCUAUUCAACAAAAGAUUCAAUAUCGUCCAUGUACAAAGAACCAACAGUGCAGUAUAUUGCGAAUUAACCGUAAUAGAUGUCAAUAUUGUCGUCUGAAAAAAUGUAUUGCUGUUGGAAUGAGCAGAGAUGCGGUGCGAUUUGGUCGUGUGCCGAAACGCGAAAAAGCGCGCAUCUUAGCUGCCAUGCAACAAAGUACACAAAAUCGCGGCCAACAAAGGGCGUUAGCCACAGAGCUUGAUGAUCAACCUCGUUUGUUAGCCGCUGUAUUGCGUGCUCAUUUAGAAACGUGUGAAUUUACCAAGGAAAAAGUUGCUGCUAUGCGUCAAAGGGCACGCGAGUGUCCAUCAUAUUCAAUGCCUACGCUUUUGGCAUGCCCUCUAAAUCCUGCACCGGAACUACAAUCAGAGCAGGAAUUCUCACAGCGCUUCGCCCAUGUUAUCCGUGGUGUGAUCGAUUUCGCCGGCAUGAUACCCGGCUUCCAGUUACUUACGCAAGAUGACAAAUUCACACUCCUCAAGGCGGGAUUAUUUGAUGCGUUGUUUGUGCGACUGAUAUGUAUGUUCGAUUCGUCGAUUAACAGUAUUAUCUGUUUGAAUGGACAAGUGAUGCGUCGCGAUGCUAUACAAAAUGGAGCGAAUGCACGUUUUUUGGUAGAUUCAACAUUUAAUUUCGCCGAGCGAAUGAAUUCUAUGAAUUUGAGUGAUGCUGAAAUUGGUUUGUUCUGCGCAAUUGUGCUGAUUACGCCAGACCGACCGGGUCUGAGGAAUACCGAGCUGAUUGAGAAAAUGUAUUCGAGGCUAAAGACCUGUCUGCAGUCGAUAAUCAAUCAGAAUCGCCCAGAUCAGCCUGAGUUUAUGGCGAAAUUAUUGGAAACAAUGCCGGAUUUGCGUACUUUGAGCACGUUGCACACAGAGAAGUUGGUAGUUUUCCGGACGGAACACAAAGAGUUGUUGCGUCAACAAAUGUGGUCGAUGGAAGAUGAACAGCCGUCGAAGAGUCCAGCGUCAUCGUGGGACGAUGUGCGAAUGGACGAUGUGGCGAAAUCACCAUUGGGAUCGGUUUCGAGCACAGAAUCUGGCGAUUUGGAGUAUUCAUCACAAUCAUCGCUGGCGUCGUCAGCUCCCUUGCUGGCAGCUUCAUUGUCUGGUAGCUGUCCGUUGCGUAAUCGUGCCAAUUCGGGUUCAUCCGGAGAAGAUAUCGAUAUUGUGGGCCCACAUGCUCAUCUCACUCAAAAUGGUCUGACAAUCACACCGAUCAUUCGAUCGCAUUCCCACAACCAGCUGCACCAUCAUUUGACAUCGGGCACUACGCAUCAUCAUCGCUAUAGAAAACUAGACUCGCCGACUGAUUCGGGAAUUGAAAGCGGCAAUGAGAAGAACGAAUCCUCGAAAACUGUUAGCAGCGGUGGCAGUUCUUCAUGCUCUAGCCCUCGAUCCAGUGUAGAUGACGCUAUGGACGCAGAAACCUCCGCACAAAGUCUAUCGACGACAGCUGCUGCAGCAACCAGCAGCAGCACUAUUGUGGCUUCAUCGGCAUCUCCAUCAACCGCCAUGGCAAGUUCUUCCUCGUCAUCAUCAUCACCGUCGUGCACAUCCAGUGCGGCCAUGAAGCGACAGAUUGUAGAAGAUAUGCCAGUUUUGAAGCGUGUGCUCCAGGCGCCACCAUUGUACGAUACAAACUCGCUGAUGGACGAGGCGUAUAAGCCGCACAAAAAAUUCCGCGCCCUUCGUCACCGAGACUUCGAUUCGGCUGAGGCUGACGCAAGCAGCACACCGGGCUCAACAACAUCAGCAAUGCCAGGCGCAAGCAGCCCGAUGCAAUCUUCUUCAAUGCCAGCACAAGCUCGGCAGCACCCACAGAGCCCACCACCUGCAUCAUCAUCAACUGCAUCACCAUCUCACCAUCACUCUCUACCACCGCAUCAACAUCAAAGCCAGCUUCACAUGCAUCUGACGCGCAACACCAAUACCAACAACAACGGCAGCAGUAGUCGCGACAGCAGCGCUAGCAGCGGUAACUACCAACAGCACUCCACUCUGUCCAGCACUCACUCCGUGCUGGCAAAGAGUCUAAUGGCCGAACCACGCAUGACACCCGAACAAAUGAAGCGCUCCGACAUCAUCCAAAACUACAUCAUGCGCGAUCAAAAUACCGGCCAAUCUAACGGUCUGCUUGUAUGCACUGCAAAUUCCCCCGCUCCACAGCAUCACUAUGCAAGCUCAGGUUCGCCAAGCUCAAGUUCGAACUCCAACUGCUCAUCACCUUCUACGACGACAGUUACACUCGCCUCCCCACCACCAUCCUCCUCGGCGGCGUCAUCGUCAACACUGCAUCCGCCACCAGCUGGCACACCAAACGGUAUGCGGUGGCAGGGUCAUUCAGUUAUCACCACCACCACCAUUCGCCAACAAUCAGUUUCACCAAAUUCGAAUGGCAGCAGCAGCAGUGGCGGAAGCAGCAACUACUUUCAAUCCCCCCACUCCACAUCAGUUUCACCACCACGCCCUUCCCCCUCGGCACACUCACCACGCCUCCUCGAGUUGCAAGUCGACAUCGCCGAUUCCCAGCAACCGCUAAAUCUAUCCAAAAAGUCUCCAACACCCCCACCUUCAAAAAUCCAAGCACUCGUCGCGCACAAAUAUCCAACAAUGUCCGCAGAUGUCACAGUGACAGCGACAACCACCGCCUCACCGCAACCACCCACGCCACAGGUGCACAAAGUCCUCCUUGAAGCGUAACAUGUGGCCGCACGCAACAGAGCCAGAGACAACAACGAAUACCGUGCGUCAACAACAACAACUGCUACUACAACACAAAAACUGUCAAACAAAUAAGCAGCGACAGCGCAAAGUAAAAGUAUUAGCGGCUCAUGUCAACGCAUCAUUAUAACGGUGACGUUUUGUAAAUAGUGUCAUUUUGUUUUGUUGGUUCCCUGUUUCCCUGUACAAACACUCAAUAAUUCAAAAACAAACACACCUAAUAAUUUUCUAUAAAGCGAAUUAUUACGCGAUGGUGCUCCAGUGGCUGGCAGAGAUGAGACAGACGAUGAUUUAAUACAAAUGAAAAGAGAUGCAAAUACAAACAUCGAUUUAUUUUGAAACAAAAAACAAAUUACUGACUAAAAAAAAAUGAUAUAAAAACAUUAAACAAAAAAGAGCGAGACUGAAUUACAUUUAGGCAUUGGGAUUUGGGAAGGGGUGACAAUUUUUUGAAAAAAGGGGACAAAAAAUUAAAAAAAAAAAACUAAACAAACAAAAAACAGCGAAAAUUAUUUAUUUUCAUUAUAAAAAAUAAAAAAAAAUUAAAAAAAAAUAAACAUUUGGGGAUAUGAAGAUGAAGAAAGAAGGUGACAUAACAUUGAAUGUUGUACAAAUUGUAUUUAAAGAUUUAAAAAACAAAUAAUAAUAAAAUAACUAUAAAAAGAAGAAAACAGAAAAUGUCCUUAAAAUUUAAGCGAGAUUUUAAAAACACAACACAAAAUAAUUAAUUUAAAAAUAAUAAAAUUUUAACAAAAACAAAACUGUAUUAUUUAAUAAAAACAAAAAACUCUUAAAUUUAAAAAACAAAACAAAAAUCACAUCUCUGCGAGAUAAUCAUUUAAAAAAUGACAUCGGACAAACAGACAAAAUACAAAAAACAAAAACAAAAAACUGGGUGGAUUUAUUUUGUUUAUUUUUUUUUUGUUUUUUUAAAAGAAAUUACAAGAAAAAAAAAGCUCUAAGCUAAGCAUCAUAAAUUCAAAAAACAAAAAUCAAUGAAAAUAUUAAAUAAUUUAAAUUUUAACUUAGUUAUUAAGCUGUAAAUAAAUAUGCAAACUACUUCAUUUUAAUAAAAACAAAAUAUUAAAAACAAAAACUACAUAAAUGUCUUAAAAGAUUGAUAUAAUUUAUAAAACAAUUAAAAAAAAACACCCAAAUUUAAAUUUUAUUAAAGUUAAAUUUAAAAAUAAAAAUUUAUUAUUUUUUAGAGAUCUCUUUUUUUUUAUUAAAAUAUAAAUUAAAAAUUCUUUGUUAAAUUUUAUUUUCCUUUUUUUUCAUUGUCAUCUUAAGUGUGAAUGAAAAAAAAAAAAAAAAACACAAUACCCCUCCCAAAAAAAAAAAACAAAAAACAUGAGAGAUUUUUUUUAUUAUUUAAAAAAAUAAAUUGUUUUGAAAUUUCUUAUUUGUAAUAAGUAUGAACGAGAAAUGAAGUUGUUUUCUAAUUUUAUUGUGAAAGUGAAGAUAUAUUUAAUAAAAACAAAAAAGAUUUAAGAUUUUUUUUAAGCAUAAACAUUAUUAUUAUUAUUAAAUUUAUUAUAUUCUGUAUAUAUAAACAAAAAACACAAACAAAAAAAACUGUUUUCUUAUUCUCUUGUGUAUUCUAGAAUUUACUAUUGUUAUUGAAAAUUAAAACAAAACAAAAAACUAUAAAUAUAAAAAUCAUACAAUAUAUUAUCAUUAUUCUUAUUAUUAUAAUUAUACUAUAAUUAUUAUUAUUAUAUAAAGAGAAAAUAAAAAAAGAAAUAUUUCAUUUUUAUUGAAAAAAAAAAGAAAAAAUUGUUUUUAUUUUUUUAAUUCUUCAUCUUUUUUUUUAGUUUGUUUUGGUUUUCUAUUCACUUUGCUUCUUUUUUUCUUCUACUCCGCAUGUGCUGCCUUUUUCCACAGAGAUUUUCUUUUGUUCGUUGAUUUUGUGUUCUCUUUCGUUUGUUUUUUUCCACAGAUUUUCAUUUUUCUUUCAGAUUUUUUAAACAAUUUUCAAAAAAAUAAAGAAAAUUAAAUUGGAAAACACACACAAGUAAAAACUCCGAUUCUGGUAGAAUCUUCGUAGUUGGUUAGUGUAGUUUGAAUGUCUGUAUGAAAGUAAUAAAACAAAAAUACAAAAAGUAAUUUCUUAAUGUUAAAAAUAAGUGUAUUUGUAUUUACAAGAUAAACAUUAAUUAUAUCAAAAGUAUUCACUGUAAAAAAGAAUUAAAAUUAAAUUUAAAAAAUAAAAGUAUAAGCUCACUCAGUGAAGCCACAAAACCAACCCCAUCAGAAUAAGAUUAAUCUAAAUUUAA